AUGGGACGUCGAACACGUCGCUCAAACGCCAAGCGAGCACAAGCACGGCAAAAUGGCGUCUACGGUGUGCAACAAGCAGAAAUUGUCGCUAUCCCAACCACAAGCAACGCCAUCGAACCAGAAGAAGGUGCAGACUUGUCGUUUUUCGGGGGCUGGUGGGAGACCAAUAUCGCCCAGCCCAUGAACACUAAGAGGCUGCGUCCGUUUGUUUACACCGGUGACAGUGAUCGCACCGUGCUUCAUAAGUAUGCCGAGAACAGCCAAGCUCUGAUAUCGUGUCCCAUGAAAACCAUCUCGUCCUACUUCGUCUCAACAUGCCCCAAGGAUACAGCUCAGCUCAAAGCAUAA